AUGGAGAACAGUAAGAGCGCAAACAAAAACAAACCCCAAGCUAAAAAACAAGGAAAACAGCCAGCAGCUAAAGGAAAGAAGAUGUCAGCCAUCGCAAAAAUGGCCCUACAAGCUAGAAUGGACGCUGAAGAAGAGGAAGCACUAAGACUAUUCUUUUUUCCUAUUAUUUCCCAUAUUUCCCACUCCUUAUCAUAAUUUUUCAACAAAAUACAGCCCCCUUCUCUUAUUUAUUUCAAAAAAAUCCUUAAAAUAGCAUAAAAGAGGAAGAAGAACUUAAACAAAAAGAGAUUGAAGAAGAAAAGAAGCGGCAAGAAGAAGAAAAAAAGAAAAAAGAAGAAGCCGAAAGAAUCAAAAAAGAACGACUGGAAUGGAAAAAAGAGCAAAAAAGACUAGGCCUCUGGAAAACCCCACAGCAGCUCGAAAAAGAAAGAAGGGACCGAGAAGCCUCAAAAGCUUUCAUUGAGCAAGGACUCGUCAAGCCUACUGACGAAUCUCAGCCUCGUGGCUUGCCAAGUGGCAAAAGAGCCAAAAAGGAAAGCGUUGAAGAGAAAAAAGAAAUCGAAGAAGCCCCAGUAGAAGAACAAAAAGAAGUUGAAGAAGAAAAAGAAGACGAUAUUAUGGAUGACUGGGAAAAUAUUCUGGUUAUAAUUAAAUAAAAAAUUUAUAUAAAUAUUAAUAGAAAUAUAGAAAAAUUAUAGAAAAUUGGCAUAUGCUAGAAGAAAAUGAUAUUAAUUUGAAACAAGACACGACCAAGCUGAAGCCAAAUCAGCUUUUGCAUGAAGACGAGCUUGAAAAAGUUGAAGAAAAAGCUAAACCACCCCCACCUCCUCCAAAGGUGAAAAAAGAAAAAAAGCCAGCUGCAGACGAGCCUGCACAAGAAUUCAAAGCUCCUGUUUUGUGCAUUUUAGGACAUGUGGAUACAGGCAAAACUAAGCUGCUUGAUAAAAUUCGCCACACAAAUGUCCAAACUGGAGAAGCAGGAGGUAUAACACAACAAAUUGGGGCCACAAAUUUCCCAGAUUAUGCAUUGCGAGAGCUUAUAGCUAAGCUCCCAAAUAUGAAAAUAGACAUCCAAAUCCCUGGACUGCUUAUCCCUUAUUUUUUGCCAAUUCAAAAUUUCUCUAUAAGUUAUUUUCUUAUUUUUAUUAAAUAUAGCCAAGCUUUUCUAUAAAAAAAUUCCUAUUUAUAAUAAUAAGAUUAUAAUAGACACCCCUGGCCAUGAGUCUUUUUCUAACCUUAGAUCAAGAGGUAGCAGCUUAUGUAACAUCGGGAUUUUGGUCGUAGAUAUCAUGCAUGGUCUAGAACCACAGACUUUAGAGUCCUUAGAAAUGCUGAGGAAACGAAAUAUCCCGUUUAUUGUUGCACUAAAUAAAAUUGAUAGGAUGUAUGGGUGGAAACCAAUGCAGGAUGAAGCAUUUUUUACGACUUUUAACCAACAAGAUGAGAAUGCCAGGGAUGAGUUCAUGAGGAGGGCUAGAGAAACAGUGAUUGCUUUUGCAGAAAAAGGGCUGAAUGCAGCUUUAUAUUAUGAAAACCCAGACCCUGAAGAAUAUAUCAGCUUGGUGCCUACAAGUGCGAUUACAGGAGAAGGGAUUCCUGACCUUUUAGGACUUAUUGUGGACAUUACACAGACCAGGCUAAAUAAAUUUAUUAAAUAUAGCCCACAGUUAAGAGCUACAGUGUUAGAAGUAAAGGUCAUUGAAGGGCUAGGAACCACUAUUGAUGUAAUUUUAGCAAAUGGAGAAAUCAAUGAAGAUGACACUAUUGUAGUCGCAGGAUUUGAAGGGCCUAUCUGCACAAAUAUUAGAGCAUUGCUAACACCUCAGCCUCUUACUCUAUCAUUUUACUUAAAUUUAGCAUUUUUGGCUCAAUUUUACUAUAGGUUAAAAAUAUUAAAUUAGGAAAAUAUUUUUAAAAAAAUCCAAAAUAUAAAUAUCGCCUAUAAAAAGCCUGGAAAUUAGAGAAAUGAGAGUGAAAGGAGAAUACCAGCAUCACAAAUCAAUCAGAGCUACAGCUGGUGUCAAAAUUUCCGCACAAGGCUUAGACCAUGCUAUGUCUGGAUCACAGCUCCUCGUUGCAGAAAGUGAAGACGUGAUCCCUUACCUUAUGGAAGAAGUCCAAAAAGAUGUAGCUCAAAUUUUCAGCUCAAUCAACCAAAAAGGCAAAGGAGUCCACGUCCAAGCUUCCACAGUCGGGUCCUUAGAAGCCCUCCUUGAGUUCUUAAAAGAGUCCAAAAUCCCUGUCAGCAGCAUCAACAUUGGCCCAGUCUUCAAAAAAGACGUAAUGAAAGCCCAAAGCCAAAUCGAAAAAGGCAACAAAAAACAAUACGCAACAGUCCUCGCAUUUGACGUAAAAGUCCAUCAAGAAGCUGUAGAAUACGCUGAAACAAAUGGUGUCAAAAUUUUCACAGCAGACAUUAUCUAUACUAUUUUUUCAGCAUUUUCCACUAUAAAAUUUACCUUAAAAACCAAAAUAAUUCAUUAUAAAACAAUAUACCAUUUGUUUGACCAGUUCACAAAAUACGUUGAAGACGUAAAAAGAGAAGAAAAACUGGCCAGCGGCAAAGGACAAGACGCAGUUUUUCCUUGUGUGUUGAAAAUUGUGGAGGUUUUUAGGACGUCAAGUCCGAUUGUGCUAGGUGUUGACGUAUUAGGAGGAGUUUUGAAAAAAGGGACGCCUUUGUGUGUCCCAGAUAAAAAUAAUUUGAUUAUUGGAAAGGUGGAUUCUAUUGAAUUUGACCAUAAACCAGUAGAGUCCAGACGACAAGGACAAGGAAGUGUCGCGAUCAAGCUGAAAGGAAUGACCUCAGAUCAAGAUUCACUGAUGGUUGGCAGGCAUUUUGAAGAAACCAAUCAGUUAGCAAGCUGGAUUACAAGGAAUUCUAUAGACUCGCUUAAAGAAUAUUUUAUGGACGAAAUGACUAUGGAAGACUGGAAAUUAGUAAAAGUGCUGAAAGAAACCUUUGGAGUCCUAUAG